GCUACUGUCAACUUUUAAUAUUUGUCAUUUCGUCAGCCCGGGUUCAAGAUAAAUAUCGUGAAAAUAUGGCUGAGCCUGUGGAACCUCCCCCUUAUUUUGAAAAUGUAGAUAUUAACAAAGAGGAUGCAGAGCCUGACGACUUAUUCGUAUCCGCAGUUCAGUACCCAACACAGAAAUUGGAUGAUAAUGACCCGGAAGAAAUCGUCAAUGGAGACGAUCCAGAUUUGUCUAAAAUAAACAUUAAUGAAUCCAAAGGUGAACUUGAGAAUAUUCCAAUAAACAAUGAUAAUAAUUUAACAGAUAAUUUGGAACAGGAAGAAGCAGAAAGUGGAAAUGAAUUUCUGGAUAUUAGUAUCACAGAGCCGCAGAAAGUGGGUGAUGGAAUGGGGGCCUAUAUGGCAUAUAGAGUCACUACCAAAACCAAUAUGAGAUUAUUUAAGAAGAAAGAAUUUUCAGUAACACGCAGAUUUAGUGAUUUUCUUGGACUACAUGAUAAACUAACUGAGAAAUAUUUAAAAGUAGGUAGAAUUAUUCCACCUGCUCCAGAAAAGAGUGUUAUAGGAAUGACAAAAAUAAAAAUGUCUAGUCAGGAAACAAAUGGUACAAAUGGGGGUGAUUUUGUGGAGAGAAGAAGAGCUGCUUUAGAAAGAUAUUUAAAACGGACUGCCCAACAUCCAAUUCUUGUUGUAGAUCCAGAUUUUAGAGAGUUCCUAGAAGCUGAUAUUGAAUUGCCUAAAGCAACAAACACAUCUGCUCUAAGUAGUGCUGGCGUUAUGAGGCUAUUCAACAAAGUAGGUGAAACAGUAAACAAAAUAACUUACAAAAUGGACGAAACGGAUCCGUGGUUUGAGGAAACAUUGAGCCAUGUGGAAGCUCUAGAAACACAGUUAAGAAAAUUACAUGCAAAUGUGGAGCAAAUGGUCGCUUACAGGAAAGAGCUCGCCAAUUUAACCAACGGCGUUUCAAGAUCCGCAGCCUUUCUAAGCUCCUGCGAGGAUCACAACUCAUUGUCCAAAGCUUUGUCUCAACUUGCUGAUACAGAAGAGAAGGUUGAACAGUUACACAUGGAACAAGCAAAUACAGACUUUUUUAUACUGUGUGAAAUUUUAAAAGAUUAUUUAGGUUUGCUUGGGUCUGUUAGAGAUGCUUUCCAUGAAAGAACUAAAUUGUUUCAACACUGGCAACACUCGCAACAAAUGUUGGCCAAAAAACGCGAGGCGAAAGCGAAAAUGGAAUUCACAAAUAGAGUAGAUAAACUAGAUCAAGCUGGCACUGAAGUUCUGGAAUGGGAAGCCAAAGUAGAAAGAGGACAGGAAAACUUUGAUAAAAUUUCACAGAUGAUUAAAAGGGAAAUGGAAAGAUUUGAAAAAUGUAGAAUAAACGAUUUUAAAGUUAUGUUUAUCAAGUAUUUGGAGAAUCAUCUAAACCAUCAGGCACAACUUGUUCAAUAUUGGGAGGCUUUUCUUCCUGAGGCCAAAGCAAUUGCCUGACUAGAGGAUAUUUGCCAAGAAUAGCAGCAUCGACAUUCCUAUUGGAAAUUUCCGGAAAUUUAGUAAUACCUCACACAAAUAAAAUACCAAAAUAAAAGUGGUCCCAUAUUUCACUACUACUUUAAUUCUGUCAUUAUUCAAGUUUGUGACUGUCUUAUUAAGUUACUGGAAGUAAGUACAUACUGUACUUACUAUUUUAUUGCUUACAUAUCUUUUCGAAAUAUUCUAGUAUUUUAUGAUAAACUUAUUAUAGAGAGUAUAAGGAAAAAUGAUAAUAGUGCAAUGAUGCAAGUUGGUAUGACAAAAUUAUUUGUGUAAAAUGUAUAUUUCGAAUUUUGUUGAACGUGCAUUUUCAUUGCUUCUAAAAUAAUCCUUGUUUAUUAUAUAAAUAAUCUAUCCAAAUUAGAUGUAUUUGAGGCCAAAACUGUAGAAAAAUAGAAUUGUACAUGUUUCUGUAAAAGGGAACUUUUUAUAUAUGUAAAAUAAAAUUUAGGUUUAAUAUUUUGCCUAAUUGUACAGUGGUCAAAUCAUACAACCUUCAUCUUUUUUGUUAUAGUUUAUUGCAUAAUCUCGAGUUAAGCUUUAUAUGUAUUUUUAUGUUUAAUGUGAUAAUUAUAUUCAGUAUAAUAUUACUAGAAUUGUAAAUGAUUUCUAUGUAUUUAUUUCAUUACAAACGUUGUCUAGUAGUUUUUUAGUAAUGCAUGAUUUAAUCAGGUAUUACUCAUGUAUUAUUGCUUCCAUUAUUAUUAUUAAUAAAUAUAUAUUAUAUCUUUA